CGGGUCGCGCUAUGGGGAUGGAGCGGUCUGAGGAGCCGGGGGGCGAUGCCGCCGCCGCUGCUACCACAGCCGCCGGCCCGAGGCGCGUCGAGGUCCCCCGGCCCCCCUCCAUCGAGGAGUUCACCAUCGUGAAGCCCAUCAGCCGCGGCGCCUUCGGGAAGGUGUACCUGGGCCGUAAGGCGGGCCGGCUCUACGCCGUGAAGGUGAUGAAAAAAGCAGACAUGAUCAACAAAAACAUGGUUCACCAGGUCCAGGCAGAGAGGGAUGCAUUGGCUCUCAGUAAAAGUCCUUUCAUUGUGCACUUAUACUACUCACUUCAGUCAGCUAAUAACAUCUAUUUGGUGAUGGAGUACCUUAUUGGUGGAGAUGUCAAAUCUCUUCUCCAUAUUUAUGGAUAUUUUGAUGAAGAAAUGGCUGUUAAGUAUAUUUCUGAAGCAGCAUUGGCCCUUGACUAUCUUCACAGGCAUGGGAUAAUCCACAGGGAUCUGAAGCCAGACAACAUGCUCAUUUCUAAUCAGGGCCACAUAAAGUUGACAGACUUUGGGCUUUCCAGAGUUACUCUGAACAGAGAGAUAAAUAUGAUAGAUAUCCUUACUACGCCAUCAAUGGCAAAGCCAAAACAAGACUACUCACGUACUCCAGGACAAUUGUUGUCUCUUAUCAGUUCUCUGGGCUUUUAUUCUCCUGUUGGAAUGAAAAUGCCAGCGCACAAUUCAAGUAAAUCGUCCGACAGUUUGCGUGGAGUGGUUUCUCCCUUACCUGUGGUCCAAAAGGAAAAUACCCCUCUUUCAACUAAAUUCUUCAAAACACAUCUUGAUAAUUCUCAAUUAACGCCUGUGAUGCCAGCAAGAAGUUUGACUCCUACUCUGCUUCAGUCAAGAAAGAGGUUUGGUGCUUGCAGUGUUAGUAGUGAGUCACACACUCACCAGUCCAGUGUGGAAUCAGAAUGCUGCAGCAGCCCCAGGUGGGAGAAAGACGUAGAGCACAAUGAAGAUGAACCUAGUUCUGGAACAUGCAAAACAAGUAACAGUGGGUCGGCUCUCCCUUCAAAUGUUGAGUUGCCAAAUAGCAAAAGUAUGGAAGUUUUAAAGAAAAAAGAACUUGAGUCUGCUAUUUCUCCCAUUGUCAGAAAUGAUUCUGGCUGUAGGCAGAAGUUGGGAAGCGAACAUUCGAAUAUAACAGAUACUCCUGUGACCACACUGGAUGUGAAAGGCAUAGUAAGAAAAUGUAUUUCUGAAAAGACUCGGGAAGAAGAAGUCUGUGUAAAUAAAAGAGAGAGAACUAAUGAAACAGCAGAAAAUUCCAGUCCACAGCAGUCAUCUUCAAGGCAGAAUGAGCCUUUCAAAGAGGAAGAAAUUUUUGAAAAACCAGGUGUUAAAAGAAGCUUUGAAUUAGUUGAUACCAGUCCUUGUCAGGAACUUAACUAUGUUAAAAAAAGCAACGCAGAAUAUAAACGUGGCUGUCAGAUCUCUGAAUUUCCAGCAAACAGUAGGACAGGUUUGACAACAGAAAUUCAAUCCUUAGUGCUCUGUAAUGAUGGAUGCCCACGUGACACCUGCAGAAGUGAGGAGGAAGUGAAGUGUUCUAUUAGCAAACAACAAACAGUAGAAAGAUCCCUUACUCCAACUAUAGCCAAAAAUCUUAUGUGUGAUCUGGAUGCAGACUACAGAAAGGAUGAUGAAAAGGAGUACAUGAACUCAAGUUUUUUAGAUACUGACGACGAGAAACCUUUAGGGAUCCUCAGUGCAGAUUCUGAUGUAUUUACAGAAAUGUCUGUCACGGAAAGCCAUUUAGAAAAGCAGCUUUUAGAUUUGGACAAAAGCGUUAAAGACCUCUCCUUUGAGGAGCCACAACCUGAAGGCGUGCUGAUAAUGUCGCCAGAGUCCCAAGAUGCCCCACAAAGUGGAGAGGAAGCACAUACAGUCCAGGACUGCAAGCUGUUACAUCAUGAAAAGAAUAAUGACCAGAAACACGGGGAAGGAGCUUGCCUUAACACAGUAUCUCCUCCUUCAGAAAAGAUGAUGGAAGCUCUGAGUCUCUUUAAAAAAAGUGCUGUUGUUUUUCGAAGUUACAAUAGUCCAAUUAAUAUGUCCAAUGUAUCUGAGCCGUGUAGCAUGACUUCUUUAGAUAUAAUGGAUCUUUCACCUGUUUGUAGUGGCUCUUACCCAACAGCUAUCACUCCAUCCCAGAAAGGAAGGCUGUAUCAGGCCUAUCAGACGCCUCGUCAGGGGGAUGCUGGCACACCCUAUCGGACUCCAAAGAGUGUAAGAAGAGGAGCUGCCCCAGUAGAAGGUGAACGCAUCCUGGGGACCCCAGACUACCUGGCACCGGAGCUGCUUUUGACAAAGCCUCAUGGGACUCUGAUCUCUGGUUCUGCUGUAGACUGGUGGGCCCUUGGAGUUUGUCUGUUUGAGUUUCUAACUGGAAUUCCACCUUUUAAUGAUGAAACACCAGCACAGGUUUUCCAAAAUAUUUUGAAAAGAGAUAUUCCCUGGCCUGAGGGUGAAGAAAAGCUGUCUGAUAAUGCCCAAAAUGCAAUAGAUAUUCUUCUAACAAUUGACACUACUAAGAGAGCUGGACUGAAAGAGCUGAAACAUCACCCCCUCUUUCAUGGUGUGGACUGGGAUAAUCUGCAGAAUCAAACCAUGCCGUUUAUACCCCAGCCAGAUGAUGAAACUGAUACCUCUUACUUUGAAGCGAGGAAUAACGCUCAGCACCUGACUGUGUCUGGAUUUAGCUUGUAGCAUCAAGAUAAGUGAACAUUCUCCAUGGUUUUGCACACUUACAGGUUAUCUGGUAACACUAGCUUGGUCUUGACUGAGUUUCUGGGCCAAAUUUAGUGUUUUACAUGACCAGUCUUUUUAUUAUAGUCUCCUUUGUUCUAAAGUGAAACUACUGUAUGCAACUGGUAUCGAGUGCCUUUGUGCACUCACUGCACCUUACUAAGAACCCAGAACACUGACUGUCUCGGAGCUGGUAACUCUUGACAGUGCUGGGACUUUUUCAUAGCAAUGAGUAAUUCCAGUUAGGAGGUGCGAUGUUAUUUCCUAGCUAAACCUAGUAGGGAAAGGACAAAAAUGCAUACUAACUGCAUCUAUUGGUGGUUUGGUGUAAUGACAGGCUGGGUUGGAAGCACUUCUUUAACUCUGUUAAAAAAAUCCUCUGCUUAAAUUGUUGCGUUGUAACCACUUGGGCUGUAUGAAGCUGGACUGAACAUACAUUUUAGCAGGUACAAGUUUUACCUAGAAAAUGUCCUGUGUGUGCGUGUUCACUCAUGUCAGGUGUCAGCUAACAGAUGAUUUUGGCUUUUAACAAGUGAAGCAGUAUUCAUAUGGAAGCUGCUCUAUACUGAAGACUAUAAUGUACUGCAAAGCGAUAGAUUGUUCUGUAAACUCACAACAAGAGCUUAGAUUUUUACUAGAACGUAAGAUAGAAGCGUAUAUUCAGUGUUAUAAAUCUGAAUUAGGGAUAAAUAUACUUUAAUCUAUCUUUAAAUGCAACACAAAACUUGUAUCUGCUAGGUUUCAGAGGUUUGUUUUUAGGUAAUCCUGUUUAAAUAAUCUUCAGUAUUUCUGUUGCAUAGGUAUCUUUCUCUGCUAACUGAAUGAAGAUUUUAAUUUUUCAGGUUUGUACUUGUUACAUAAAGAUCACUUGUGCUACAUGGUGGUGCCAGCCAAGGGCCAUGUGCCAGCUGAGCAUUUUAAUAGUGAUUUUUGCCAAGAGGCUGAAGUGGCUUCAUGCACUGACCCCUUUUGUAGCAGAUGCAAGUUGUCCUUCCAUCACUCUGCUGCCUGGAAGACAGGAUUUAUUGGUGCAAUUCUGAGCAAACAUUGCCUGCUAGGCUUCCUGCUGUCCCCUCGGGUUGCUGGGAAAGGAAUGGGAAAAGUGAGGAAAAUGGAAGUUUCCUAGAAAAACUUGAGAGAGGUGAUUCUUAACAGCUCAAACUGCCCAAUCCCAGCUCUAGGUGUGAUAACUCAAACUUGUUGUAAAAUAUAGAGUGAGUCUCACUCCUUUUGCUAAGGAUUGCAGUUUCAGAAAACUUCUGAAUUGUUCAAUCUCUUACCUUGUUCCAUGAAAAAGGUGCUACAAAGUAAUGCACUACUGAAGCAGUUGUCCAUAAACCAUGUUCUCGGAAUGUGAUGAGAAGUUCUUUUGUGGUUUCUGCUGUACAGUUGGAAUAUAUAAACUGGGGUAGGAGGGAUACUUUAAGGUAUGCAAUCACUGAUGUUUUAUAAAACUUAUUAUUCCAUUUCCAGUAAUCUGGUUUAAGAAAGUGAGUCUUACAAGAAUGGACUACGAUUACAUGUUGAGUAAAUAAUAUAAACUGAACACCACCACCAGCUCUUCAUCUUCAGUGCUUAAUGAAUGCUUACACCUGUUCCCAUUUUGCAGUAUAACAUGUUCCCAUCAAGGUGGAAGAACUUGUUGCAGUGGUAUGGUCUUCUAAAGAAAACCUCUAGCCCCUUGAAACAGUUCUGAAUCAGUCACAAAGGUCAAGUAAGCUUCUGUAAAAACCUUAUUCUAAAAGAAAGUUGUUAGUUUUCUACCUGUUGAUUAAUGCAAUACAAAAACAUAGGUUCUGUAAGAACAGUAAAUAGACCAACAGACAAAUCCUAAUGUUUAGUAUGGAGUUACUUCUACAUUGGUGUCCAAAAUUUAAAUUCUGCACCAUCAGCACUGAAGAUGUGCAAAUACCUGUUCUCUUCAGUAUCUUGCAUUUAUCCUGGUUAUAGCAAACAGAGUUGGGUGUAACAUGUUGAUGGUUGGGGUUUGUGGUAUGGUUUUGUUUGUAGUUGGUGGUUUUUCAGCUUUGUUGUUCAACAUGGAAUUCCUUGUCAACUCUUAACUCUAUUUAAAGUUUUGCCCCACUUGUUGCUUCCCUUGAAAUACUACACGUAAAAGUGCAAAAAGCUAUAAUGUGGUAGCUGGAAGAGAUUUAAAGUUUAUUCUCAUUAGUAAUUAUUUAUAAAUAAUUAAGUAAGCUGGCAAAAGUUUCUGAUCCUUAGAAGCUGUGGAACAUAUCACUUGGCAAGUAUCCAGCUGUUACAUGGUGCUUCCUACAGGCCUAAACCUGCUAUGCAUAACCUACAUAUAAAUUCUGUAGCUUCCAGUUUAUCUUGGGAGACAGUUUAUCUGCCAUUAGCACAGGCCUGUUCCUCUAAGAACUACCGCAGAGAUCAGUGUCACACUUUGUUAUGCAGAAAUAGCAGUCUUGGACAGUUACUCCUACCCCUCACUUGCUGUUGGGCUCCUCUGUACCAGUGCAGUUUGGGGGCCAAGAUGCUGAAUGUCCUGUGUUGUUGAGUUAGGAGGUUCCAAUUUCAGCAUGGUCUGGUUUACCUAUGGUUACUCUUGCAAUGAAAUGCAUUCUUUUCCUCUCAAAAAAAUUUACUUUGCACGCUUUUGUGUAAAUAUAUAAAAUAGAAUACUGUUGUAUUAAAUAAAAUAUUGUUCUUCAAA